UGUAAUCUGCAAUCAGCUUUGAUCCAUUUCAAGAAGAGAAGACUGUUGAUAAUAAGGCAAUGUCAAACUAAUUCUUCCCCAAUUUCCAUUAUGCACUCCCUAAUUCACCACAAAGCCAUUUCCCGAUUCCCUUCCCACACACCACUCUCCAAUUACUACCUCUCACAAAUCAGCAAGAACAAUGAUUUUCUCACGAUUCACUCCAAAAUUCGUUUCAGAACGCUGACUAAAUGCUCCGCCGCAUCUCUUCAACCUCUACGUUACAAUGGCUGGGACGAUUUUCAGCUCGAUUCCGGUGAGGUAAAUCAGUUUCGUAAUCUUCUUAGCUCCUCUGGAAUUGGCGAUAAGAAGUAUGUAUUUGUGUAUCUGUUUGGCUUUAUUUGCGCACUGGCGAUUUCUAGAGUUAAGGUUUCAUGGAUUAUGGUGUUUCCAGCUUGUGCUGUGGUGUUUGCUGUUGGAUUUUCGGCUGGAUUGGUUAAAGGGGGUCACUUGAAAGGGUUGAAAUUGAAUGGGAAUCGGAAGAAGAUUAGUGAUGAAUCUUUAAGAGGUUGCAUUGAGGAGUUAAAGAAGAAUGAAGAGAGGGUUUUGGGGAUGAAAAAUGGAAUUGGAAGAUGCAUUGAGAGAAAUCAAGUUAGUUUAAGUGAUUUAGAAGGCUAUAUUGAUGUUAUAGGAUCUGUCAGUGUAUCUCUUCGAAACACGACAACUUUUGUGGAGAAUUGCGUGCAGAGUGUAGUAGGUGGUAAACAAGACAAGGAUGGGGGUUUUCAUGACGAGUCCGGUAGGAAAAGGAAGAAAUCGGGUGAAAACGGGUUGAAUUUCUCUCAGUAUUUGACUGGUGUCUUUGGAGCUAAGCUUGAUGAUCCAAAGUCUGGUAAAAUUGGGGGCGUUGGUAAGAUGGAAUCUGUGGAUGCAGAGGUGAACAAUGAAAAGCUAGAAAACAUCUUAGCUUCUCCUGCCGAAGAAAGAAAUCCAAAUUCUUCAUUAAGCGGAAAUUUGGACCCAUUUGAUAGCUCUAGUAGAGCUCGAGAUAGUGUUGGAUAUUCUGUUGAUGAGUCUGGAAUGGAAUAUAUGUCUUUUGGAAAUGAGAAGAAGAAUUUCGUUGAGAUGAAUGAUACUGCAAAAUCAGUUUUUGACCAGACAAUCUAUACUUACCAGAAUAAGACAUCAAGGUUCGUGAGCAAUCAGCAUAUUCACAUGAAAGAUUGUGAGGAUGAGACUGAAACAAUGUCGUCUCACAAUAGUUUGUAUGAUUCUGUGGAUGUUAGCAUUAACAUGAACCGUGUAAAAAGUUCAGCUACUUCUGGUCGCCAGAAGAAAAGCAAAACCACAAGUAGAAAUUAUCUGCAUCCUGAAAACAUGGAAGAGGAAUUAUUAGAUUCCCAUAGAUAUCCUUUUGAGAAUGUGGCUUUUGAGCCCGAAAAGGAACCGAACUUUGCCAAUCAAGACUCUUCAUAUGAGAAUACCUUUGGUUCUUCUCCAUCUUCGUCAUGUAGUGAUGAUUUGAAAUUCAAUAGGUAUCUUGUGGAAGCUAAUGAUCUUUUGAAAGAAGCAAAGAGGUGCUUGACACAAAAAGUUGAUGAUGGUAGUGCCGAGCAUGCACUGCAUAAGUCUGCAAUGCUACUCUCAGAAGCAAUAGAAAUGAGGCCGAUGAGUUUAUUGGCUGUGGGCCAGUUGGGUAACACAUAUCUCCUUCAUGGAGAACUAAAACUGGGAAUGACCCGGUACUUGAGAUCCCUAAUCGUCAAACCUGAUCAACUUGCUAACAAAGACAAGAUUAGAUCUUCUCUUGUGGUUGCUUGUGAAGAAUGUGAAGAGCUCCUGAUUAAGGCAGGAAGGAAAUACAGAUUGGCCAUGUCAAUUGACGGGAAUGAUAUGAGAGCCUUGUAUAAUUGGGGCCUCGCUCUUUCCUUCCGUGCCCAGUUGAUCGCAGAUAUUGGACCGAGUGCUGCACGUGAUGCCGACAAUGUCUUCUUGGCCGCCAUAGACAAGUUUGAUGCCAUGAUGUCCAAAAGCAAUGUUUAUGCCCCUGAUGCUCUUUUCAGAUGGGGUGCUGCAUUGCAGCACAGGGCGCAGCUGAGGCCUAGUCGUAGUAGAGAAAAGGUGAAGUUACUGCAGCAAGCGAGGCAAUUGUACGAAGAUGCUCUUCAGAUGGAUUCAAGAAAUCCUCAAGUACGACGAGCCCUGUCGUCCUGCGCGUCGGAGUUGAACUCAUGGUAUACUUGAAAAUAAAGGUAUGAAAUUGGAAUACCAGGGCAAUGAAUAUGGUCCUUCAAUCACAUUUUUGUGCAAGUUCUCUGCACUUUCUGUUGUGUGUUGAUUUCAUCAAAGAAUAAUGAAUACCAACAAAAUAAAAUUUAGUGGACCACAAUAUGUAAUUCAGAUUUUACCCUAGUCCACUUAUAGAAUAAGAGGAUCCUGUUUUGAGUUUUGUGAUGAGCCAUUGUUAUUCUCAAUUUGGUGAAAAUUUUGAUUUCUGAAUAUUGUUGUAUCAUUCUCUUGUAGAUUGUUGAUGAAUUUGGUAUGUAUAAUAUUGAAUUCCCAUC